CCGGCAUGAACCUCGUUUAAAAAUUACUUCUAGAAAAGAGGUUACACGAAGGUUGCCGCUUUACAACCUUAACGUGCUUGUUAGUUGUUUCCCGACUCGUGACAAUUUAUAAAACAACUUUGCAGAAGAGUCGGAUGUAGGAAAGCAGUGAUUCUUGGUUUUAUUUUUCCCGCGAUGCCGAGUGCGUGCGAGAUCGUGGAGGACAUCGAGGACCUCCUCGCCUCCCAGGACAUCGACGUAGGCAGGGAUUUCGCCAGGGACGGCGUGACGUACAGGGCAAAGAAGAAGAAGAAAAUCCGAAUUGACGCAAAAUUGGAAGAAGAACCGAAAGAAUUCAAAGCACCAAAGAGUGUAAUUCCAGGCACACAGACUGUCUUCAUGAAGACCUGGGGCUGCACACAUAACAGCUCUGACAGCGAGUACAUGGCAGGUCUUCUCUCCGCCUAUGGUUAUACAUUAACAGAUAAUAAAUACGAUGCUGAUGUUUGGGUAUUAAACAGCUGUACAGUCAAAAAUCCUGCCGAGGAUCACUUCAGAAAUGAAAUCCAAUCUGGCCAAAAGCUUGGUAAAUGUGUUGUCGUCGCUGGCUGUGUAUCGCAAGGAGCCCCGAAGUCAGAUUUCCUUAAAGGGCUGAGUAUAAUAGGUGUACAGCAGAUAGACCGGGUAGUCGAAGUUGUCGAAGAAUCUCUCAAGGGAAACUCUGUGAGGUUGUUAGGCCAGAAAAGGUCUUUUGGUAAAAAAUUAGGAGGUGCUUCUUUAUCUCUUCCAAAAGUGAGGCGGAACCCACUGAUUGAGAUAAUUGCCAUUAAUACCGGUUGUUUAAACCAGUGUACGUACUGCAAGACGAAACACGCGAGGGGUGAUCUAGGGAGUUAUCCAGUCGAGGAAAUCGUGGAAAGAGCUAGGGAAGCUUUUUCAGAAGGGGUUGUAGAAAUUUGGCUUACAUCAGAAGACACGGGUGCUUACGGGCGUGACAUUGGCACUUCACUGCCAGAACUUUUGGACGCCCUUGUGCCUGUAAUUCCUGAAGGGUGUAUGCUAAGGAUUGGAAUGACGAACCCCCCUUACAUACUUGAACAUCUAGAGGCUAUAUCAAGAAUAUUAAAUCAUAAAAGGGUAUAUAGCUUCUUGCAUGUACCCGUGCAGUCAGGAAGUGAUGCUGUUUUAUCUGAUAUGAAAAGAGAAUAUUCAAGGAAUGAUUUUGAAAAAGUUGUCAAUUAUCUUAAAGAAAGAGUACCCGGAAUGACAAUAGCUACCGACAUAAUAUGUGGUUUUCCUACUGAAACUGAAGAAGAUUUUAAAGAGACUAUGACAUUGUGUGAAAAAUAUAAAUUCCCAUCUUUAUUUAUUAAUCAGUUUUUCCCUCGUCCUGGAACGCCUGCAGCAAAAAUGCAGAAAAUACCUGCACAAGAGGUUAAAAAAAGGACAAAGGAACUGACAGAGCUAUUUCAUUCUUACGAGCCUUAUACCAAUCUGGUGGGGAAUGAGUAUGAUGUACUUGUUACUGAAGAAGCCCAUGACCAUAAACAUUAUGUUGGUCAUAACAAAUCAUAUCAACAGAUUCUUGUUCCCAAAGAUGAAGCGUUGAUGGGCAAACAAGUAAGGGUAAAAAUCACCUCAGCAACAAAAUAUAGCAUGCACGGUGAAGUUCACACCGUUCGAGAUGUACAGAUUAAAAAACAGGAUGGCAACAAUGAAAAGAAAAGCAUAUUUUACACUUUGUCUAUUGUUUUAUUGCUAAUACUAGCAAGAUUUAUAUGGAUGUUUGUGUAAAUAAAUAUUUUACUGUUUAUGUUUA